ACCGAAGUUCGGACGGUCGCAGUAUUCUCAGAGUCGCACGGCCGACCCCCGGGCCGCGCUGGUGUCGGGUGGAACAUGGCGAACUCGGCCUGUGAGGACCUCCGAGGCCAGGAGGCGGAGAGUUUUCUGUACUUCGCCUACGGUAGCAAUCUGCUGACCGAGCGGAUCCACCUCCGAAACCCGUCGGCCGCGUUCCGCUGCGUGGCCCGCCUGCAGGAUUAUAAGCUUGACUUUGGCAAUUCCCAAGGCAAAACAAGUGAAACUUGGCAUGGAGGUAUAGCCACCAUUUUUCAAAGUCCUGGCGAUGAAGUAUGGGGAGUAGUAUGGAAAAUGAACAAAAGCAAUUUGAGUUCUCUGGAUAAGCAAGAAGGAGUUAAUAGUGGAACAUAUGUCCCAAUAGAAGUUAAUGUUUAUACUCAAGAAGGAAAAGAAAUAACCUGUCGAAGUUAUCAGAUGAAAAAUUAUGAGAGUGCUCCCCCAUCCCCCCAGUAUAAAAAGGUCAUUUGCCUGGGUGCAAAAGAAAAUGGUUUGCCACUGGAGUAUCAGAAGAAGUUAAAUGCAAUAGAACCAAAUGACUACAAAGGAGGAGUCUCAGAAGAAAUUGAAGACAUUAUCAAAAAGGGAGAAACAAAAGCUCAUUAGGACAUAAUAUUUUAGAUAGAAAUCUAAAUUAUAAUAGAAAAUACAGAUACUCUCUGUAUGUGCUAAUGUAUUUUUAACAUUUAGAAAAGAGAUCUGAGGUAUGUCUAUGUUUAAUAUAUUUUCAACAGUGCUCUGAAGGGAUAUCUUACUUAGGUGACUCCUUGUUUUCAGACUAAAAAGAAACGAGAUUAGAAAUUAGAUAAUUGAAGGCCCUAGGUGGCUCAGUUAA